AUGUCGACGAAGGCGGGCUCCAAAGUCGACGGCAAGCUGACCACGAAUGUAGCGUCCAAGUCGACCGCUAGACAAGGAAAGAUGGCGAAGGCAGUGACUGACCCGAAUGGCACCAAGAAACCAGCAGCGAAGUCUAUCAAGCAGGCAGGAGCCACUUUGAAGUCUGGAGGUGAUGCCAAUCCGAAUCCAAUUCAGCAUGGUGGCAUGGGACAAGCAGAGCGAGCAUUUUCCGCGGCGUCGACCUUUCUGUCCGGAGUCAUGACGAUAUCAGCUUCACAAUUCAUUGGAGCACCACUUAAGCUGAUCGACCCCAAAUUCUACAAUGCCUACAUGGCCUGGACGAAGGAGUCUUUCGCCGUCUUGAUGACCACCAUCACACAGUGGUGGGCCCCGACUGUAGUAAGGGUGAGCGGGGACAAGAGCAUGAAAGGUCAGCUUUUCGUGAUGGAUGAUGGCACGUUGAAAUGCAACUUUCCUCAUCGGCUCGUGCUCAUGGGCAACCAUCAGCUGUAUACUGACUGGCUUUAUCUCUGGUGGAUCGCCUACACGAACAAAAUGCAUGGUCGCAUCUACAUUAUCCUCAAGGAAUCACUGAAGAAUCUUCCAAUUAUUGGCUGGGGCUGCCAAUUCUAUAACUUCAUCUUCCUCAGCCGAAAGUGGGAGCAAGAUCGAUAUAGCUUUAAGAAGCAUUUGGACCACUUGAAGAGCCCUCUUGAUCCUAUGUGGCUGCUCAUAUUCCCUGAGGGUACUAAUCUAUCUGCGUCCACCAGAGAAAAGUCAGCAAGAUGGGCAGAGAAGACUGGUGUACCAGACAUGAGACAUCAACUGUUACCACGCAGUACUGGCCUACAAUUCUGUCUGAAAGAACUGCGACCGACCACGAAUUGGCUCUACGACUGCACCAUAGCAUAUGAAGGCGUACCGGCAGGCAUGUAUGGACAGGACAUCUUCACACUGAAGUCAUCAUUUCUGGAAGGACGGCCACCCAAGUCGGUUAACAUGUACUGGCGACGCUACAAGAUCUCAGACAUACCUUAUGAAGAUGACGAGGCAUUCAGCCGGUGGCUUCUGAACCGUUGGCGCGAGAAGGACUAUAUCUUGGAGUACUAUUACAAAUUUGGCAACUUCCCAGUCGAAGACCCAGCAAAAGCUUUGGCAGCUGCAGAAGGCAAGCGGAAGCCUGUGCACGCCAAGUCAAUAUCGACCUCUGUCAAAGGUGGUGGAUGGGACGAGUUCUUGAGUAUCUUCGGACCCAUCACGUCAGCAGCUGGCAUGAUGUCGAGCAUCGACAUGACAGAGCCCUUAAACUUUGACCAGAUGAUGCGUAAAGUGGCGCAGUCGCAACAAUUCAACCUCCUGACUCUUGGCAAGGCCCCGAAGGCACCAAUCUCUCAGGAAGCCAUGAGGAGGGCGUUAAUGGCAGCCAACAAACAAAACCCUCUGCCGAACAGCGUGAUCAACAAGUUACUGAAGACAGCGCCACUGACACAAGCGGCGAUGAAAGACACAUUGCAGAAGUCAGGCGAUCCAGCCAUCGCGAAGAAAGUGGCCAGUGCACCUGGAGCGCCGAAGUCUGUUGAUAGUGACACCAAGAGAAACUUGCCAAGGGCAGUGAAUCAGCUGGCCAACAGCGGAUCUGCCACAACGCCUGCGCAGAACGUACGAGCACAGGUUCCGCUUGCCAACAUGGAAAGCAUGAUUACACGACCUAUCAGCACCAUGGCCAUUCACACAGCCGGCCAGCAGGUGAAGAAGCUCGCAGCCUCAAGAGCACCGAAGACCGCAGCAGCAGCUCCAGCGAAGGGUGCUAUUUCCCCUGCUACGAAGGCAGCAGUGCCCGCAAAGCCAACAAAUGUUGUAUCGAAAGGGCCUCCUACAGCAAGCAAGAAUACAUCGAAUGGCAUGGCGAAAGCACCGGUGGCGAGCAAGAAGAUACCUUUGACUGCGAAGAACGUUAAGAAGGUUCCACAGAUAAAUGGAGCUGCAAGCACGACAGAGCAUUGGGCGAAGGCAACGCCAGCGCCUGCGACUGCGACGAAAGCUGCGUCUGUCAAGAGCGCGCCUGUGGGUGGGGAUAUCAGAAAGAUCAAGAAGCAGACUAACAACCAGGAGGUCCUUCAGAAAAGGCCUGCGGAGGUAUAG